ACCAAAAAAAUAAUUAAAUAACGAUUAAAACCUGAAGAAGAAAAAUGUCUGCUUUUCAUGUCUCAAAGUUAAUCAUCACUACGCAUGUCUCAGCAACUCAUCCGAAAUUCCCCUGUUUUUCACUUUUCCAGAAAUCCCUAUCGUUUCCCAACUCUGUUUCUCAAUCUCAAAGGAAAAUCGCAACCUUUGUUUCUUCAAAAUCUUCGGAAGCAGGAGAGUUGCCGACGGCGGAAGAUGAGUGGCUCAGCAGGCUCCCGGAUAAGAACAAGCCCCUUUACUCUCACAGCUUGCCUUGCAUUGAAGCAUGGCUUAGGAGUUUAGGGUUUUAUCAAAGCAGAGAGGAGCGUGCUGUUUGGUUGAUUGAAAAACCCGAUUGGCAUGCUCAUUUAUCUCUUGAUGUCACUGAUCUUUACAUAAGGUACUUGAAGAAUGGACCUGGGAAUCUUGAAAGAGAUGUCGAAAGGCGAUUCAGUUAUGCAUUGAGUAGAGAGGAUAUCGAAAAUGCAAUACUUGGAGGACCAUAAAGACUUUGAGUUAGUUCCUCCUCGUGUAUAACUUUCAAUCAUAGUGUUUAAGAUGUCUGUUACUUUAUCCACUUCCUAAACUUUGA